GUAAAAAUUAGAAAUAAUCCAUUUAUUGUCCCCCUGGUUGUUGUGGAUGGUAAACUGAACCGGGGAAAUAGCACCGCCCCCUUCUCCAAUCACAUGUAUUAAAACGAGCGCUCCCAAGAGGACUGACUGUGACGCCGUGCGAGACUUGAGUAAAUAACAGACACUGAAACCUGAAGGAUUCACAAGAAAACUUCCUUCGGAAGAGCUGACUGCUCCUGUCUCCUGAAUACAGGCACGUUGUUGUAAAGUUCAGGAAGAAUGUCCAAUCUAUGUUGUCUGCUGACCGCUGAAAAAGAUUCAGUUCCUCUGAAGAGCAUUGAUGUUCUGCUGGAGGUGAAGGACCACGUAGCUACCCUGGUCUCCACUCUGAACUUCGAGAAUAAGGAGGACAAACCUCUGGAGACAGUUUUUGUCUUCCCUCUGCCUGGAGAUGCUGCUGUGUGUCAUUUCAGUGCUCAGAUUGGAGAAACACACAUUGUAGCUGAGGUGAAGGACAGACAGCAGGCUCGGCAGGUGUAUGACGACGCUGUGAGCUCUGGUCAGAAGGUAUUCGAAUUGGAGGAGAGUGAUGAGAGUCCAGAUAUCUUCUCUCUGACUGUGGGCAAUCUGCCUCCAGGAGAGAGCGCCUCCAUCAGGCUGGAGUACGUCACUGAGCUGGCUGUGCAGGCUGAUGAUGGGCUGAGGUUCUGUCUGCCUGUUGUUCUCAACCCUCGAUACCAACCUCAGGGUAGUGAAGGUCCCAGUGUCCAGGUGACCUCAGUUCCAGCCUCUCUGGUGCCCUACAGUCUGUCCUUUUUUGCCAGAGUGUCCUCUCCUCGUCCAAUCUCUAAAAUAGAGUCCAGUUGUCCUCUGGAGCCUCUUCAGUAUCUCAACGCUGAUCAAACUCAGGCCACGGUGAAGUUGGCUACAGGACACAAGGUUGACAGAGACAUUGAGCUACUGAUUUAUUACAAAGAUACCCACCGGCCCUCUGCUGUGGUGGAGGCAGGACAGGCCUCUGCCAAACCUGGCACUCUGAUGGGUGAGCCAGUGGUAAUGGUGAGCCUGUAUCCUGAAUUUCCUGAAUCUGUGAUGUCUAAUUUUAACUCCUGUGGAGAGUUUGUGUUCUUACUGGAUCGAUCGGGGAGCAUGGAUUUCCCGACAUAUUGUGGAAGUCGUCAGAGUCGCAUAGCCAGUGCCAAGGACACUCUGAUGCUCCUGUUGAAGAGUUUACCCAUGGGCUGCUAUUUCAAUAUUUAUGGUUUUGGAGAUCAUUACGAACAAGUUUUCCCUAAAAGCGCAAAGUACAAUCAGAAGAACCUUAAACGAGCUAUGAAAAAGGUUGAGGAGAUGGACGCUAAUCUGGGAGGAUCGGAGAUCCUGGAGCCUCUGCGACAAAUUUACAGACAGCCUUGUAUUCCUAAACAUCCCAGACAACUCUUCAUCUUCACUGAUGGUGAGGUGAAUUACACAAAAGCUGUUCUGGAUGAGGUGAAGGAAUACUCUGAAUUUCACAGGUGUUUCUCUUUUGGGAUUGGAGAAGAUGCCAGUUCUGAACUUAUCAAUGGGAUGGCCAGAGAGGGAGGAGGACACGCUCAGUUUAUUAUAGGGAAAGAAAGGAUGCAACCAAAAGUGAUGCAAUCCCUGAGAUUCGCCUUGCAGCCGCUCGUCACUGACAUUUCAUUGUCGUGGGAUUUACCCGAGGGUGUGUCUGCCACCGCUCUGUCUCCACCACUUACAGCACUUUUCCAGGGUCAGAGGUCAUUGAUUUUUGCUCAACUCACCAGAGAGUGUUCUGAAGCAGCUGAUGGGUGUUUGACAGUGAGGUUUACCACAGCGGGUCAUCCAUGUCAGAACCAGCUGCACUUCUCUCUACAGCCUGCAUGUGAUCUAGACUUUGACCUGAAAGAAGAUAUGCCAUUCACUUGCUCCACAAUCCACAGGCUGGCUGCUCGGACUCUCAUCCGCUCCCUGGAGCAGGAGCAAAGGGAGGACGGGAAGCUGGCUGAAGAAAUAGAGAAGGUGGUGGACCUCAGUGUCCAGUCUGGAGUCAGCAGCAUCUUCACCGCCUUCAUUGCCGUCGACAAAAGCAAUGGGGAACCUGUUCGAGGUCCGCUGAUCUACAGGGAGAAUCCUACAUACAUGCCGUUGCUUCGCGGCGGUUUGAUUGGUCUGAUGUUUGAUGAUUUACGGGCCGAUAAAAACAUUUUCAGACGCAUUUGCUCGUCUAUCAGAAAAAGAACAUCAGCUAGUAAGUUUGGAACAGCUUGGAAAAACAAUCUACUUUCAGCUUCCAGCUUCAAGAAGAGCCAAAGUGAAUCUAUUGAAAAUACAGGAGACUGUGGGCCCACAAAGCCAGCCAGAGAUCCACUGCUGGAGCUCGUUUCGCUGCAGGAUGCCUCUGGCUGCUGGCUGCUUGAUCCAUGUUUGGCUGCUGCUCUUGGAAAAAGCACAGAGGAGUUGGUAAAAACAAGGCCUUCAUCGGCCAAAAGGAAAGUGUGGGGCACCAUUUUGGCUCUAAUUUGGCUUCAUGGAUAUCAAAAGGAUGUGAAGGUUGAAUGGGAACUUCUUACUAUGAAGGCUGCAUCGUGGCUCAGAGCUGAGAAAGCUGUUUGCGUGACAGUGUGUGUGGAAGCUGGGAAUGUCCUGUCAGGUUGUAAUGUGACGACUGAUGCUCUGGGACUCUGAGGUUUCUGUAUUAUUUGUUCCAGUGAAGGGAACCCUGUGAUUCUGUUACAAAAAAACAACAGAAACAAACUCACCCAAUCACCAGAUACCCGAAUACCUCCACACUUCUAUUCAACUGACUAUUCAACCAAUUUCUUUGCUUUCCUCCCCCCCCUUAACUUUUCCUGCACCACCAGACGAAUUUCGAGUCAUAUUUCUGAGGUCGCAGUUAGGUCAUCCAACUCCAGUCGUUCAGAUCUCAACUUCCCUCUGUCAUCUCUGUCGUCCCCGGAGAGCUCCGUCCCUCGGCCCCUCCUCUUCAUCACUUACAUCCUCCCCACAGACCAUAGUUCAUAAAUUUAACAUGUUUUCAUGAUUUUGUGACUGGGACCCAGUUCUACCUCUCUAGUAAAUCCAUUCUUCCAGCCUCAUCUUUUUCCAACUGCCUAUCUAAAGUAAAAUCUUGGUUCACUUCAAACUUAAUGACGAUAAAACUGAAAUUCUCCCCGUUGGUAUGAAAUCUAAAUGAUCAAAAGCUAACAAAAUCUCUCUCACCAUCAACAACUCCUACAGGUUCCUCUCCCCUCAGGUUAAGAGUCUGGGUGUCAUCCUAGACAGCACAUUAUCUUUCCAAUCUCAUGUUAAUAAUCUUGCAUAUUUCCAUCUCUGGAACAUAAAUCGCCUUCGCACUUCCCUUUACCCUGAUACUGCAUCUGUAUCAGAUGCAAAGGAAAAAACACCUGAUAUAGUCAUUGCAAUAUCGGUUAUUAUCAAAAGGUUUUCUAGUAUUUAGCAGCCCUAGAUCAACUAUGUUCAUUUUUACUUGUUUCUUCUAUUUUUUAUUGUCUUUGCUUUUAUUGUAAAGUAAAAAUAUAUUAUUAUUAUCUUGGUUUA